CCCAUCAAUCACGAUUCACACGUCAUCCUUCCACCAACCAAACACGCCAUUAUCUCAUCUUCUUCCCCAUUUCUCCAAUCACGAUAACAAAAAACAAUUCAUCCAAUCUUUAACAAAUGGUUGAAGAAAAGCACCAAUUUUCCCCCAAAUUUCCUCCAUCAAUCUUUAUUUCUUCCAUUGAUUUCACAUAAAAUCGACGAAUUUUUAAUUUCAAUUUUAGUGAAUUCUAUAAUUAAUUUUUUCCAUAUCGAAAAUUGAUAAUCAUCGGAUUGAUAAUUUUGUUAGUGUUAGGGUUUUUGCCACAACAUGUCUGCAAUAGUGUGUGGGAAGAGAUCAUCUAUUUUCGAGGAAAUUCCGUCACCAUCUUCGUCUUCUUCGAAGCGAAUUCGUUGUUCUUCUUCUACUUCGCCGGUUCGCUUUUCCGGUCCAUCGCCUUUUUUGUUGGUUGAUCAUCUUAUCGCCAUUUUUCCUUCUAUGGACAAGAAGAUUAUAGAACAAGCACUUGAGAACAAUGGACAUGAUCUGGACUUAGCGAUUAAGUGUUUGAAUGAUCUUCGAUUAGGAUGUGCUGACAAGGUUCCAGCUAUUGCUGAUAACUCUUUGGAUGCUUGUCCACAACCAAAUGAUCAACCACGAGUGCAUGUUCACGGAGAAAGUAAAUUUGCAGAAGAUCCAAUGCUAUCAAGAAAUUUGUCACUGGAUGAUGCAGAGUGGGUGGAGCUUUUUGUAAGGGAAAUGAGCGCAGCAUCUGACGUUGAGGAUGCAAGAAUUCGUGCGUCGAGAGCUCUAGAGGCUUUUGAGAAAUCUAUAUAUGCUCGUGCAAAAGAUGAAACUGCACAAAAUUUUCAGCAGAAUAUGUUGCAGGAGCAUUUGUUGCUUAAAGAGCAAGUUCAGGCACUACUUCAGGAAAAUGGAAUUCUUAAACGUGCUGUGUCUAUUCAGCAUGAGCGACAGAAAGAGUUUGAAACGAAGUCGCAAGAACUCCAACAACUCAAGCAGCUUCUAUCUCAAUGCCAAGAACAUAUAAGAACACUAGAGGUCAAUAACUAUGCUUUGUCAAUGCACUUAAAGCAGGCACAGCAAAAUAACUCUAUACCUGGUCGUUUCAAUCCUGAUAUCUUCUAACGGUAUUAUUAUUCAGCUGGGUUCUCUUUUAGAGCUGCGUUCUUCGACUGUUGUAGAAUAUAAUAGGAGCUUCUGUACCGAUUUAAUGGUAUGCAUAUUACUUAUAUUUGAUCUUAAAAAUCGCGAGAAGUAGUUUAAUUCUUGCAUGUGUUCUGUUUGGAUAUAUUUGAUGCAAUAUUAAUGUAUACAUGAUAUUAAAGCUAAAACCUUCACAAAACUUAAGUUUAUGCUUACUUCUAUCAUUA